AUGGCCGAGGGUCGAGGAUCGAGUUUCGAGGUCAAGGGUCAAGACUGUGCCGAGGGCCAAGGGUCGAGGGUGUGCCACGGGUCGAGGGCCAAGGGUCGAGUUUCGAGGGUCAUCGGCCGAGGGUCGAGAGUCAAAGGCCGGGGUUCGACAAUUGAGAGGCAAUGGUCGAGGGUCAAGUUUCGAGGGUCGAGGGUCGAGGAUCGACGGUCGAGGGUCGAGGGUCGAGCUUCGAGUUUAAAGGGUCAAGUUUGUUUCGAGGGCCGAUGUUCGAGUUUCGAGUGCCGAGGGUCGAGUUUUGAGGAUCGAGGGUCAUCGGCCGAGGGCCGAGGGUCGAGCGCCGAGGGUCGAGCGCCGAGGGUCGAGGUUGUGCCGAGGGCCGAUGGUCGAGGGUCCAGUUUCGAGGGUCGAGGGUCGAGAGCCGGGGAUCGAGGGCCGAGAACCGAGGGUCGAGGGUUGAGUUUCAAGGGUCGAGGGUCGAGGGUCGAAGACCGAGGGUCGAGGGUCGAGUUUCGAGGGUCGAGAGCCGAGGACUGA